AUGAAUCCUCCUCUCAGAAAAAGCACAUUCUCCUUCAGGUACAAAGAACCCCGAUUGGAUAACUUGAAAGCCCUGAGUUCCAAGAUAUCCCUUGUCAAAUACAAGUGCCAUGCAGCUUAUGGAAACAUUCUGGACCUGGUGAAUGAGAGUGUGGACUACGUGGCCCUCACCACCUUGGCUCAGUACUAUGACAUUCCAAUGCAUUGUUUCACCUUCCCGGACUUCCAGAUGGCUCCCACUUUGGAAGAGUUUGAAAGGAUUUUGAAUCGCUCCAUCAAGGAUCAUAAUCCUUUCCCUAAGAUCGAAGAAGACUUCGCUAUGCCCAAGUUAGCAUCCGUGUUGGGAAUUGACGUUGGUGAACUAGCAGCCAAUUGGGCUCCGAAAGGGGUUGACAAGGGAUUCACUAAAAAAAAUCUGGAAGGUCAUGCAUGGAAAUUCGCUAAAGAGAAUAAAUGGGAAUCUUGCAUUGCGUUCUUGGCGUUGUUGAUAUAUGCGAUCGUCCUAUUCCCAAACAUUGACAACUUCAUAGAUCAUGCUGUAGUGGAAAUUUUCUUAUCUGGCAACCCAGUGCCAUUCCUCUUGGCAGACUUCUACCAUACUUUCCACACUCUCCCUGAGAAGAAAGGUGGAACUUUCCUGUGUUGUGCUCCACUGUUAUACAUAUGGAUGAAGACCCAUAUGCCGCUAGCCGGUCCUUUUGUAUCUAAAGAUCUCCCUUGGUGCCAAAAAUUCGUGUCACUUUCUUCCGGUACUAUCCAGUGGUACAAGAGGGAAUGA